ACUGAAAUUAGAAAUUCGUUUUUAUUUGGGAAAUUUCGUUACACAUACAUGAUUUAAAAUACAGUGUAUUAAUUUCUUAUUGUGUUUGAAAGAAGAAAUUGUUGCAGUUGACGGGAGGAUAGCGAAUCACUUAUAAAGUAAAGAGGGUUGAAUUUUAAAACGACACAAUGCAGUUGUUUAAGGAGAAGAAGUGGAUUUGGAUCCUUGAAUUUGUCAUAUUUUUUGUAUUCAAAACAGUCCUUACCCACAAGUUCACUCAGUUUACUCUCUCGUCGAGUAAUGCACGGUAUAGUGAUAAUUUAGUGCAACAUUUUAACACUAGCAUAAUACAAUGUGCGAGAUUAUGUAAUUGUGCGGAUGAAUGUACCUCUAUUAACCACAAAGCGGACACGGGUGUUUGCGAACUAACAACAUACGUUCCUGGGGUGGUGACACCUUCAACAGAAACCGAAUCCAACUGGAACGUUUAUUAUGAUGAUCGUUUUGUUCCUGCUGUUAACGCGUGGCAAAAAUCUACACACUUUCACGUGACUGGACCACUUGUAGCAAGCUUUGCAAUAGAUGGUAACCGCGACAACAACGACAAUAAGGUGACUCGUGCAAUAUACUGUGCUCAUUCUGCAUACCGCUAUUCGUAUUGGGGGAUGGAAUUUGAGCGUUUUGCAGAAGUGUCCCAUGUAAUCAUCUUCUUUAGGAAUGCCUCACACCACAACUACAGGAAUUCGAACUUGCGGUUGCUGAUUUCCGCUACCCGACAAGAUUCAGACAACAAUAUCGGAACUGACUGCGCGUACUACGUCGGACCCCCAGCAUCGUCGUCUUUACCUGUAAAGAUCCCAUGUGCUCAGCACGUGACAGGAAAGUUCCUGAAGAUCAUCCACAACCAGGGUGACGUGCUUUGCCUUUGUGAAGUCGAGGUUUACUCGGUUUAG